ACUACACCCAUUUUCAAAGAGGGAGUAUAUUUUUACGUUUUUCAUUCACUUGAGUACAUUCUGUAAUUCUUUUGUUCACCGUCUUCCUCAAAACCUAAACAAGAAAUCUAAAACUUUGCACAAGAUACAUUCAUGGAGAACCAAGGCGAUGAGAAUCGCGUUGACAAGGAAAUCGAUGAAAUACUCGAUGAAUUCCAGUGCUGUGUUUGCCUGUAUGUUUUAUUCCCCCCCAAUUAAAGUCAGAAUCUCAUCUCUGCACCUUUCUAUGUUUCUGCUUAUGCGGUUGCUUUGAUUUUGCAGGGAGCUUCUCUAUAAGCCUGUUGUAAUUGGGUGUGGACACAUUGCUUGUUUUUGGUGUGUACAUAAGUUCAUGAAUUUUCAUAUGGAAUCGAGCUGCCCAAUCUGUAGGCAUCAGUUUCAUCAUUUCCCCCGUAUUUGUGGAUUGAUGCAUUUCUUGCUCUUGAAGCUGUAUCCCUUGUCCUAUAAAAGACGGGAAAUACAGGUGGCAGAAGAAGAGAAGAUAAUAGGGAUUAUGUCUCCACAGCUUGAUGAUGAUACAUCAGAAGCUUGUAGCCAGGAGCUUGUUGUCAAAGACCCAACUUUACCACUUUCUUUUGGGGGUUUGGGAAGAUCCAGUUCUCCAAAAGGAGAAACUUCAUUACUUCAAGACUUCUCUGAAAACAACGGAGGCGGAGAUAAGACUGAAAACACCAAAGGCGGAGAUAAGUUUAUUGAGCAAAAUGAUAAACAUCGGCUUUUAGCCUAUUUGAAAUGCGGGGUAUGCAAAUUGUUGCUAUGCUGUCCAGUUGUUCUUAAUUGUGGUCACGUUUAUUGUGGAGCUUGUAUCUUCAACCAAUGUGAUAAGUUGUGUAGAUGUCCAGUUUGUCAAACGGAGCACCCAAAUGGGUACCCACGCACAUGUUUGGUUAUUGAGCAUUUUAUUACAGAGCAAUUUCCUGAGGAGCAUGCAGCAAGGAAAAGGACUUACCUCCACAAAUCUGAUUCUGAAUCAACAAGUGGAACAAAAAUGAUAAAAAAUGUCCAAUCCUCCUCAGCUCGUGCCCGUGAUAUCAGAUCUUGGUUACCAGGGGAGAAACCUGUUCAUCAUUUAGUUGGCUGUGAUUACUGUGGGAUGUGUCCAAUCAUUGGGGAACGGUACAAAUGCGAAGACUGCAAGGAAAAGAUGGGCUUUGAUCUGUGCGGAGAAUGUUACAUAAAUAGUUCAUCUAAUCUUCGCCCUGGCAGAUUUAAUCAGCAGCACACAGCAGACCAUAAAUUUAAUCUUGUGCAACCACUUCAAUUUAUAAAUGGCUCUUUGGAAACGGGCUCCCCUCCAUAUGAUCCAACAGGGGAGAACUAUCCUUCAUCCCCUCCAUAUGAGAUGAGCUCUCCCGGCGGCCCCUAUCCAUAUGAUUCAACUGGGGAGUUCUAUCCUGCAUCCCCUCCAUAUACUCCACCAGAGGACCACUAUCCUUCACCCGCUGCAUCCCUUCCAUAUACUCCAACAGUGGACCACUAUCCUUCACCUCCUCCAACCCCUCCGUACGAGAUGAGCUCUCCCGGCGGCCCCCAUCCAUACGAUUCAACGGGGGAGUACUAUCCUCUCUCCCCUGCAUAUGAUCCAACUGGGGAGUACUAUCCUGCAUCUCCUACAUAUUCUCCUAUGGGGGACCACUAUCCUUCACCCCCUUCCCUAUGAGACGAACUCUCGUGGCUUUCUACCAUGUAUCUAGCGAGUACCCAAGUUAACAGUGCAUUUGGUGAGAUUUCUUAAAAUGGCAUGUAAGAUUCUGCUUCGGAGAACACAAUGGGCAGUGCAUAUUAGUCAAAUUUCUCUUGUGAGAUGGUGCAUGGGAGUACCCCGCACUGUUAAUUUGGUACUAGUUUUUUUUUGCGGUGGUUCGGUACAGUAUACCGAAUAUUUUCUCUCAU